UCUCCAAGAUGCUCUGACGCUGAGCUCCCAAAUUGGAAGGUUCCCGAAUCACGAUGGCGGCUCUUUACGGCAGCGAAGUCAAAUGCGUCAGCGUCGAGUGGGACUUUCUGCAAGGCCUCCUUGUCAAGAACCAGCCAGUGCCCUGCCUCCAGGCCCUACGGAAGGAGAAGUCCCGCAACGCAGCGCGCUCCCGCCGGGGCAAGGAGAACUUUGAGUUCUACGAGUUGGCCAAGAUGCUGCCGCUGCCCGGAGCCAUCACCAGCCAGCUGGACAAGGCCUCCAUCGUCCGCCUCACCAUCAGUUACCUCAAGAUGCGGGACUUUGCCAGCCAUGGAGACCCUCCUUGGAACCUGCGGGCGGAAGGGCUCCCCCCACCUGGCAAAGCGUCCGGACGGAGAAGCUUGAACCCGCUGUUGACGGAGCUCUUCGAACAGCACCUGGGUGGCCACAUCCUGCAGUCCCUGGACGGCUUUGUGUUUGUGUUGAACCAAGAGGGAAAAUUCCUUUACAUCUCGGAGACGGUGUCUAUUUACCUGGGGCUCUCGCAGGUAGAAUUGACGGGGAGCAGCGUCUUCGAUUACGUCCAUCCCGGAGAUCAUUUGGAAGUCGCCGAACAGUUGGGUUUGAAGGCGCCGUCUGAUCCGUGCCGCCCGAGCCGCCACAAAACCGCCGCCACCUCUUCCUCUGGGCUGCCUGAGGCCUCCGAAUCAGAUCUCCCCGGUCCAAGGUUUGCAGAACCUGAUGCCUUGGAGCGCUCCUUCUUCGUCCGCCUGAAGUCCACCUUGACCAAGAGAGGACUCCAUGUCAAAACAUCGGGAUAUAAGGUGAUCCACGUCACAGGGCGUCUUCGCCCCCGCCUGCCGUCCUUCUCACAUUCGCACUCUGGUCCGCGCACAAUGGGCCUGGUGGCGCUGGGACACACGCUGCCUCCUUCCACCCUCAGCGAGGUGCGCAUCGAGUGCCACAUGUUCGUCUUCCGGGUCAACAUGGACCUCCAGAUUGUCUACUGCGAGAGCAGGAUCAGCAACUAUAUGGAUUUGUGUUCCUCGGAGCUGGUGGGCAAAAGCUGUUACCGCUUCAUUCAUGGCGAGGACGUGGAAGCCAUCCGCCAAAGCCACCUGGACUUGUUGACCAAGGGGCAAGUGGUGACCCAGUAUUACCGCUGGCUGCAGAAGAACGGCGGCUUCGUUUGGAUCCAGUCCUGUGCCACCAUUUCGGUCAACGUCAAGAACCCAAGUGAGAAGAACAUGGUUUGGGUGAACUACAUCCUCAGCAAGCCCGAACAUAAGAACACUGUGCUGGAUGUCUUCCAAAUGUCCGGGAUCCCUGCAAAGCCGGCCGAUAAAGCUGAAGCCGGGACGGAUUUCAAAGACAGCGGCUUUGCAAAGGAGAGCAGCCAAGGGAAGCUUUACAAAGCCGGCACGCUGGAGGAGACUUACCCGAGGGAUCGGGCGGACGUCGGAGCCGAUCGCCGUGUAAUGGAAACCGAUUCCAGUGGUGCGGAAAUGAACUACCGCUCGGAAGAGGCCUCGGAAGGUAGCGAUGCGGAAGAGCCGCCGGGAAAACGGAUCAAGUUGGAAUUCCAGCCGGAGAGCCCGCCGAAAGAAGACGACGAUUCGUUGCCCAGCUCCGAGGAUUCGGACAGCGGCAGCGAAUCCGAGUUGGACCUCCUCCCGCAGCCGAGAGGGGCUUUGGUCAAGAAGGUCAACGGCUGCAAGGCCGGACGGCGGAGAAACCUCCACUCCGGCCGCCCCAGCACUUCGGAAUUCGCCUCGGUCAUCCAGACCCAGAAGAGUUUGGCCCCGAAGGCCAACCCAGCACUUAGCAUCAAGUCCGAGCAGGUCCCCGGUGCCAAAGGGACCCCCUGGACCUGUCCUACUACCCCGAAAGGUGGUUCGUACACUGUGAACAAAGCACUUCACCUGGAGAGGCCCGCUCCAAGGCACGCCUCGUCCCAUUUGUACGUCUCCAUCCCGGACUCGGUGCUCACUCCGCCCGAGAUGGAGAGCGGAGUGGCGAAAGGGCAGUUUGGGACCUCUCCCCGGUCCGUUGCAACAAAUGCCCCUUCCUCGGCGGAGACCCUCUCGCCCCCGCUCUCGGGCUCCCCCUGCGAGGAGCGGGUCGUCUCCACCCCGUUCACGCCGCUGGUCUACCCGGCGGAGAUGGAGGUCCUCCAGCGCUUCCACGCCAACAACGUGGUGGUGCCGCUGGUCCACCAGCUUGGCGGCCCACACGGCGGCACGGCGGGCUCCCAGGGCCUUUACGCCACCAGCACCAUCCGGUACGCCCCCGCCGACAUGACGCUAGCCAUGCAGAGCAACGUGUUGCCACCGGCCCACCCGCUCAGCCUCAUGGACCUGGGCGGUGCGGAGGCCAAGACCUCCCGGGAACUCAUGUACCACCACUUGCAGCGGCUAAACAUGGUGGCACCCUUUGGGAACUCGAUUUCAGGGGGGACGUUCGCGGCCACGGACUCCCUGUUUUCCGCACUGCCCUUUUCAGUGGCCAGUGGUGGCCUCCACGGCACUUCUGCUCUGGAACGCAAGGAGGACUGAGGAUUUGGUGUCUCUGCCAUACUCAAACUCUAGCGGUAAAAAGUUCUCGCACGAGCUUUGGUACGACAGCUCAGCACCGUGCCCAUGUGUUCUGGAAACCAGGAGGCAAAAUCUUUUGUUCUCAAAACAAAAUCCGUGUAUCUAUCUAUCUUCUCACUCCACUUUCUCACUCCUGAUCCUUGCUUCACAGAUCCCCAAACUCCUCAAAUACUGCUGCUGCUGUUUAAAGUGAUGUGAUAUAUGGAGUUCAGGGUUUAGCCCAGUGUAAACGAAACGUGGGAUCGGUUGCAACCUUUCCGGGAAAGUUGCGAAGCAGAGGAAAGUGUUUGUUGUCUGUCCUUGUACUGCUACAGGUCCAACUAUUCCUCCAGUACUGCCAUUGAGGAAACUGGCCACAGAGGGGUGGAUAGGGGGGCAUUAUGUUCAAGCCUUUGGGAUGCCUAUGCUAACUUGUCCUGCUAGCCCAAUUAUAAUACACAGAUUGUAAACACAAAGCAGGGCGCCAGUACCCCUGACUCUUCUCGUCCCGUGCGCUUACACCAGCACUUAAAUGUUUGCUUCUGUUCAGUCUACGUUGCACUGUUCCUUGCAAUAUGCCCCGGGAUGAGAUCCUACAUUGAGUAUGGCGUGACGACAAAUAAGGUGGAUGUUGUAAAUGUGUGUGAAUGGGCCCUUGUUCCGCUUCCUUUCCGGUAACAUCUCUCCCUUGGACUGGCACUUUUCCUCUUCUGAAAGUAGGGAUUAGUCGCUCAUCCUUUUAUCCUCUGGUCGGAAAGAUAAAUGACGGAGGGGGGUGACUUACUGCCUUUGCCUGCAACACAUGCUUGGAAUUCUCUCUAGUGAAAUGUCCAUGUCAGAAUAAUAAUGUUAUUUUUCUGGAAGUAUUUCUGGAAGUGAGAGGAUGCUGUGUAGGUGAAAUAGGAACUGAAAAUAGACGAACGGGUCACAGCCAAGGCCUCUCUAGUCCACUAAUUGGCCAGGCAGGUGCUUCUGGGAAGCUACAAAUAGGACACAAAGGGCAUCAUCACACCUUCCUAUUCAUGCUCCCUUGAGUCUUAUCUCUUCCUUCCUAUCAUCUUUAUCUUCCUUUCUUAUCUUCCUUGCUGCCUUCCUUUAUCCCUAUCUUCCUUCCUUCCUCCUUUCCUUUCCUCCCUCCUUUUUCCCUUCUUUCUUUCCUUCCUUAUCUUCCAUCCUUCCUAUCAUCUUUAUCUUCCUUUCUUAUCUUCCUUCCCGCCUUCCUUCCUUCCUAUAUCCCUAUCUUCCUUCCUUCCUCCUUUCCUUUCCUCCCUCCUUUUUCCCUUCUUUCUUUCCUUCCUUAUCUAUCUUCCUUUCUUAUCUUCCUUCCCACCUUCCUUCCUUCCUAUAUCCCUAUCUUUCUUCCUUUCCUCCCUCCUUUUUCCCUUCUUUCUUUCCAUCUUCCUAUCAUCCUGAUCUUCCUUCCUUAUCUUUAUCUUCCUUCCUUCCUUUUAUCCUUAUUUGCCUUUCUUAUCUUCCUUCUUUCCUGCCUUCCCUCUUAUAUCCCUAUCUUCCUUCUUUCCUUUCCUUUCUU